AUGUUAAAUCAUAUAAAAAAAGAAUAUUGGGAUUAUGUUUAUGAACCUGCAGAAGAUACAUUUCUAUUACUUGAUGCCUUAGAAAAAGAUUUAGAUUACAUAAUAUCGAAAAAACCUGCCACAAUUUUAGAAAUUGGAAGUGGAUCAGGUACGAUUAUAACGGCAUUAAGCACACUCCUCAAGUCCUCUUAUCAUUUAGCCAUCGACAUAAAUAAAUAUGCUUGCUCUGUAACAAUGCAAAAUUCACAUUACAAUAAAGUCAUAGUAGAUGUUAUCAAUACAGAUUUGACAUCAUGUUUAAAACUGAAUUGUAUCGAUGUAAUAAUAUUUAAUCCUCCUUAUGUAGUCACUCCAAACGACGAGAUAUAUAAAGAAGAUCCACUUACCAAAUCAUGGGCAGGUGGUGUUAACGGAAGAGUUAUAAUCGAUAAAUUUUUACAUGUAUUCGACAGAGUACUAUCAUCGAAAGGAUUCGGCUACCUUUUAGUGAUAAAAGAAAAUCAACCUCAUGAAAUAAUAACAAAACUAAAAGAAAAAAAUUACAAAUGUGAAAUAUACAUGAUUAGAAAAAUAAGAUGCGAAGAAUUAUACAUAAUUAAAUUUAUAAAAAAUUUUUAA